CAACCACAACAUCCACCUCCCUUCACCUCCAUCCUCCUCCACCAACACCACAACCAGACACCAAAGCAACAUGCGCCCUCUAACCCCCCUCCUCACGCUGCUCACGCUCCCCCUCACCGCAACCACCCACCCAACCACCCAAACACCACAAACCACCCCGAUCAACACAACCAUCAACACCACCACCGAACUCCGCCCCCUCCCAUUGGUAAUCUGGCACGGCCUCGGCGACAACUACCUCAACCCAUCCCUCCAAUCGCUCAUCACACUGGCCGAAAAAAUCAACCCAGGCACCUACACACACCUCAUCCACCUCUCUCCCUCCUCCACCGCCGACCGCCAAGCGACCUUCCUCGGCAACCUCACCACGCAAAUCAACCAAAUCUGCGCCCAACUCGCGGCGGACCCGAUCCUCAGCACCGCCCCCGCCAUCAACGCCCUGGGCUUCUCCCAAGGCGGGCAAUUCCUCCGCGGCUACAUCGAACGCUGCAACAGUCCCCCCGUCCAUAACCUCGUGACCCUGGGCAGUCAACACAACGGCAUCUCCCAAUUCCAGGCCUGCGAGUGGACAGAUCUCAUCUGUCGGGGCAGUGAAGCGCUGCUACGAUCAGGGAGAUGGUCGCCUUUCGUACAGGGCCGACUCAUCCCAGCACAGUAUUUCCGGGAUGCGUCGAGUGAGGAGGAGAUGGAGGCGUAUUUGGAGAAUAGUAACUUUUUGGCGGAUAUUAAUAAUGAGCGGCUGGUGAAGAAUUAUGCCUAUAAGGAGAAUCUGGGGAGGUUGAAUAAGUUCGUGAUGUAUAUGUUUGAGAAGGAUCGGAUGGUGCAUCCGAAGGAGUCGAGUUGGUUUGGGGAUGUGGAUGGGAGCGGCGAAGUGGUGGAGUUGAGGGAUAGGGAGGUGUAUAAGGAGGAUUGGUUGGGGUUGAAGGGGUUGGAUGAGAAGGGGGGGUUGGUGUUUCGGACGCUGGAGGGGGGGCAUAUGGAUGUUGAUGAGGAGGCGUUGGAGGGUAUUUUUGAGGAGUGGUUUGGGGAUGUGGAGGUUGAGUUUGAUCAGUGGGGGGUGGGGACGCGGAUUCUAGUUAAUCAGGAGGGGAACUACUAGUAGGGGGGAUUGAUUGUUUCUGGGAUUGAUUGGGCUAAGACCAGUGAUGCGUUUCUAUAUGAUAUACCCGGUUCGUUUAUGUCUUACGACACGUCCAGUGCUGGCUGGGGGUAGUGACAAUGGUGAUAGUGGUAUUAACAUACACUAUGUGCUACAUAACCGAUGGAUUAGACCACCUGUACAACCGAUAACAUGAUGUAAUUGCAGCAGCAUAAUAUCCAACAAAUC